CAGAAAAGAGAUUUUUGCUGAAGGAUUCGCUCAAGACCAAAGGAGCCAUCGGCAUCACAAAGACUGAUCCAGGUUCCGUUUCGGUCCGCGGGGCUGCUCCGGGUCCAUGCCUGAUCUGUACCGGUGGCGGAUGAGCUGCAGUUGAAGCCUUCGAGAUGCUCCGAGCUCUCUGCAGCUGCACAAUAACACCGUCACCGAUACCGGCCCGGGGACACAGCUAUGCUUUUCAGACGGAGAGCCAGGAUGUUGCGAUGGCUGGUGUGUGGUCGGCUGGGUCCGAUUUGGAUGUGGAAGGCGCUGCUGCUCUUUGUGGCCAUUGCUUUUGCCGGCCAGCUGCUGGGGGUCAUCUUCAACAAGAGCAGUGUCCAGCCAGCUGCUCGCUCCAUCUUCUCGUCCCCUGAUGCUCAGGGGCCCUCUCUGGGCUCCUGUCAGCCCCACACCCACAUCAUGUUCCUCAAGACCCACAAGACGGCCAGCAGCACCGUGCUCAACAUGCUGUACCGCUUUGGAGAGGAGCGUGGCCUCCGCUUUGGCCUGCCACUGGGCUACCAGUUGGGCUACCCGCUACCCUUCAACGCUCACAGGGUCAAAGGUUACAGAGGUCCUAGAGCCGUGGAGUUCCACAUCAUGGGCAAUCACAUGAGAUUUAAUAAGCCGGAGGUGGAGAAGGUGAUGCCAGCAGACACGUUUUACUUUUCUAUUAUCAGGGACCCGGUCUCUCUGGCUGAGUCCUCCUUUGCAUAUUACAAAGAAGUAGCACCUGCUUUUCGGAAAGCCAAAGGCCUGGGCGACUUUGCUGAUGACCCCAAGAAAUACUAUGACCCUCGUCUCCGCAACAACCACUAUGCCCGCAACCUGCUGUGGUUUGAUUUUGGCAUGGACCACAAUGCUAAUUUCUCUGUGGCACUGGCUCAGCGCGGCGAGGUCAUGAUCCGGCGGACCUUCAAGCUGAUUCUUGUGUCUGAGUACUUUGACCAGUCCAUGAUCCUGCUGAGACACGCCCUCUGCUGGCCGCUGGACUCUGUUGUCUCAUUCAGUCUCAAUGCCCGACAGCAGAAGCCCAGCAGCACUGGGGGGAUGAGCGGGAGCUGGGUGGGCAAAGCGGCAGCAGCAGCCGGUGUCAAUGUUAGAGGUGGACAUUCACAAGCCAAGACGGCGCCUAAUCUGUCACUAACGGAGGAACAGCGGGGCAAGCUGCGGCAGUGGAAUGCCUUAGACUGGUACUUAUACAAAGCCUUCAACCAGACCUUCUGGGAGGAGAUUGACAGGUUCGGUCUUGCUCAGAUGGAGCAGGAAGUAGCUCUUCUCAGGAUGCGGCGAGAAGAUCUGGCCCGGGUUUGUCUCAGGGACGGUGGGAAACCUGUGGAGGCGCACCGGAUCCGAGACAAAAACAUUCGGCCAUUCCAGAGCGGAUUAGUGAAAAUUCUCGGCUAUGAGCUGCAGCCAGGCCUGGACAACAACACCAGAACAGCCUGUCUGAGGAUGAUCAGGCCUGAGAUCCAGUACAAAGACGUGCUAGAUGCUAAACAGUUCCCACGGGCUCCUGUGGUUCAAGCCCAGCCAGGGCAACAGAGCCAGGGAUGGAUAGUAGCAGCAGCCGGUGGCUCUUUUGUUAGGCAGGACUCAUCCAGGACAGGAGAGAGGCCGGUGGGGAGAGAGGCUGGGGGGAGGACUGUCGAGGAGGAGGAGAGAGACUGGGAUGGAAGCCAUUUAAAGCGGAGCAACCAGACUUUGAUACGAAGGCAAGAAAAAGGAAGGUUGAGAUAGUUUGAGCGGAGUCUCCUUCCUGAAUAUAGUACCUUUGGUCUUUUAACCACGGGAAACUGAGCCAAGUGUGGUUUACACAGGAGAAAACAAAAAGAUCCUCCUUUUGCACUUCAACUUUUAUGGUCGUUUGCUUGUUUUCUUAAAAACUAUCUCUGCUCUUCGUUCGUGUAACCCUUGUGGACUCGACCUUUGACCUCGGAGCACCCAGGACACUUUCAUGGGCUGCAGUAACGAGCCGAAGGGCAGUUGUGUAUUCUGUCUCAACAGAAAUAAUAUGAAAGGACCACUUUGUUUUUUGUUUUUUUUUUAAGCCGAAGCUGUUUAUUACUCAGUCAUAUGUGGCAGCAGACAUAUGGAAGCCACUUUUAUUCCCUGUUCUUAUUGACGCUUUUGAGAGUUCAGAUUUUCAUGUUGGUGCACGUGCUUGAAAUGUAGCCCAAGUUAUGCCUCUCAGGCUGGACCAUGACAUGAGUCACUGAGCUAAGAAUCUGGUCUUUUUUCUGAGAUAAAUACCUGGUGAUCUUUUGAAACACACACGCCCUUUAAAAUAUUUCAAAGCUAUUUCCAGAAUCCUCAAAGACUUACAAUCUGGAUGAGGGAAAUUUCUGUCUGCUGCAGAAAAUGUUGUGCGGUGAAUGGAAAUUCUUUUCAUUUAGAUGUUUAGAAGAGUCAUUGUGUCUAAAACACCCUCUGGGUUUUUCAGAGAUUGCUAGGUAUCUUUCAGAAAACCUCCACACCUCAAAGACAUUCAAGGACAGACUGGGGUUAGCAUUUGUACACAGUAUUAAUUUUCCAUGGCUGAAAUAGUUUGUAAAGUGAGUAUUGGCUGCUAGUUGUUAAUAGACAAAAAGAAUAAUUCGAAAUAAAUGAAAAAAUCCUGUGGAAACACAGAGGACAGAGAUUUGAGGCCUGCACUUCUGUUCUGAGCUGUUUGAUACUCACCACCUGGGGCACAUUGGUCUUUUCAACAAUCUGCUAAAGCAGAAGUAUUAAGGUCCUCAACUUCCCAGAAUUCCCCCCUGAUUACUGUCUAUAGUUUGAUGGAUCAGCAGGAAUUUGGGGAAUUUUAAGCAUGGUGAUGUGUUGCAUUCAAACAGAAUCACAAAGCAUGUCUUUAAACUUCACCUCGAUGAAUAUUCUUAGAUGAAUAUUUGAUGACGUUGUUGCUCAGGAGCUUGACUUUAACACUGACUGAAAAAAACAAACAAACAAUAGAAAUAGUAAGAAAAAAAAAGCCAAUCAUUAAACACUCAACCCAAAAAAACUUACAAGACAACAAGACAAAAUAGGAAAUACUUGUAAAACAUGUACUUGUACUAAAUUGUCAAGUACAAAACAAUAUCUUAGAAAACAAGCAAAUAUCUCAUGCCUUAUUUGAGGAAAGAGUUAAAGGUUGUGCAUGAACCCAGCCAGACUGUUCCUUGUAUGGAGGGAAGAAACCAUGAGUGUGAAUUACAUUACGUCAUUGUCAAAAUAAGUGAUGCUGAUGAAGUCAUAACUUGCUGGAAUGACACCAUCACUAUUCACCAGCACUGAAGAUUGACAACAGAUAAACACUGAGGACAUGUUGUUGUUUCCAUUAAGAACAAACAGCAUCAACAUUUUGAAAUAUAAUGGAAUAUAAAACAGGAAGUCACCAUCUCUGCUUGAAGCCUAUUUCAGAAGAAAACCGAAUUCAGGACCACUACAGAAUCUUUCAAUAGACUUUUCUUUAAAACACUCCUCUUUAUUUGGAAGGAGGGGUUCUUACAUUGUAGUGUUGCUACUUUUACUUACUGGGCUUUACAUGGUAUGAAUGUUAGAAGUCCAUCAG